AUGGUCCACAAUGGACCCGACCAAGCAGCUUCGACACUGGCAACCCAUGUCGGUGAGGAAGAAAGACACCCUAAGCGAAUCAUUCUACGGCUGCGUGUGGAUGAGUUCAUUUCCUGCCAUCCGACGGAAUUCGACCGUGCUAUUAUAGCCUAUCUCGAGUCUGUGGGUCGUCGUCCGGACGAACUUACCAAGCGCCUCCACCAGCCCCACAUUGAGCCUUUCCAAGACCCAAGCAUGAAGCAGAAAAGUUUUCAUAUCGUCCUUGAUCUGGAGAAGGAUAUGAUUAGUGAGCCAGAUAUGAAGACGGUUCCGCAUGAGGCAUAUCGUGUUCGCCGAGCCCAGGAUGGUUCAUUGUAA